CCAAUGCUGUCUCAAUGUCUCUGGGGUAGAGACCAGCAGCUUCAUUGUACAGGGGAAGAAGCCCAGUCUCUGGAUACACACUCCUCAAGGAAGGCUAAAGGACAGGGACAGGCACAGCUGCCAUAACUUUGCCAGCAGCCCAGGAGGGAGGCAGGAGAAGCACGCUGCACCUCACUGCAAGAAGUGCUGGGAUAGCGGUGCAAAGAUGACAAUGGAAAUGUCUCUGCUGGAAGAUCGAGGGAGCUUUUUUAAGCUCAUUGACACAAUUGCCUCAGAGAUCGGAGAACUGAAACAAGAUAUGGUACACACAGAAUUCCGUGUCCGAGACGAAAUGGAAUCUCCCGACUGUCUGAGCAUACAUGAAGACAUGGAUGACAGUAGUUUGACUGAAAAAAUUGAUAAGAAAGCCCCUCUUCGAGAUUCUGGGUACGAGAGUGUGUCUUACAAACCCAGCAUCCUAGACAGACUCCUUCACACUCAUCCUGUGUGGCUUCAACUUGGCCUGAGUGAUGAUAAAGUGCUCGAUGUCCUUCAAGAUCAACCUCCUGCGACAUUUCUCGUUAGAAAAUCAACAAAACUUCAAAAGAAAGUAUUAUCCCUCCGUGUACCAAAUGAAUCCACGUCCAGUUUGCAGGAAUUUAUAAUAAGGGAGCAUUCAUACACUUUUUUUUUGGAAGGCUCCGGGAUCAGUUUUCCAGAUAUAUUUAGACUCAUUGCGUUUUAUUGCAUUAGCAGAGAUGUACUUCCAUUUACCUUGAAGUUGCCCCAUGCCAUUGCCAAGGCCAAGACAGAAGCAGAACUGGAUGAGUUAGCUCAGCUGGGAAUCGGCUUUUGGAAGUCAUCUACAAACAAAAAACCAAAAUAUACUCCACCUUCCCCCAAGCCUUUCCCCCAUAACUACGUCAACAGGGAGUCACAUCAACUACCUCUUAUAAAUGGAGUGCAUUCUAUCCGUACUAGAACGCCCUCAGAAUUGGAAUGCUGCCAGACCAACGGAGCCCUGUGUUUCAUUAAUCCACUUUUCUUAAAAGUACACAGCCAGGAUUCAGGGGGAAGUUUGAAGAGGGAGAGCACAAGAACCCAUGGGACAAAUGGCAUAGAGAGGACGAAAUCACCACCUCCCAGACCCCCUCCCCCUUCCAUUAAUAGUCAUCGUUCAAGUCUCCAGCUGUCUAGAGCUGUGAAGCAAGAGGCAAGCAUGCCAGAAACAGUCUUACAUAGCAGGAACGGGAGCUUGGACUCUCCUUCCAAAAACACUGCCCCCAUUCCACCUCCCCGUCUAAAGAAACAGGCCACCAUUAACAGGUGGCAGAGCAACGACAUUAAUUCGACAUUCAACAGAUCAUCUUGCGGGUCUUCUAUGGAAUCGCAACCCGGGGAAUCACCACCGCAGAAAACAAUUGAGAACAUGAACCUAAAUAAGAAUUGUGAUAUUUCUGCACGGGCCACCUUGCUGAAUCAGAGGCUGAGCGACAUGAGCAUCUCAACCUCUUCCUCUGACUCUUUUGAUUACGAUCGCAUGGUGCCACCUUUCUAUGAAGGGGAUAGUUUAGAGUACUGCGAAGAGGAAAGUGAUCAGGAGAGUAUGUCACCCCCUGUGAAGUCUCGGAGUAAAAGGGGCUCAUCCAUAGCCUUCUCCAGAAUCAUGAAGAGCCACCUGCGUAAAGUGAGUGGAGUCUUUAAUUCUCUCAUGACACCUGAGAAGAAGAUGAUAAAGAAAAUAGCAGCUAUGUCUCGGGACAAACGCACGUACUUUGGGUGCCUUGUCCAAGAUUACAUCAGUUUUCUGCUGGAGAAUAAGGAAUGCCACGUUUCCAGCACGGACAUGCUUCUUACCAUACGACAAUUCAUGACACAAGUGAAAAACUACUUAUCCCAGAGCUCCGAAUUGGAUCCACCAAUUGAAUCAUUGAUUCCUGAAGAUCAGAUAGAUACGGUUCUGGAGAAGGCAAUGCAUAAAUGUAUCUUAAAGCCUUUGAAGAAUCACAUUGCGACAAUGCUGAAACAAUUCCGAACGUCGGACGGGUCGUGGAAGGAGCUGAAGGAGAACCUGCUGUUGGUGAGAGAGAGAACCCCUCAGGAGCUGGGUGUAUUGACACCAACACCAGAGUCCAUGGAUAUUGAGAAGAUUCAGAUCAAAUUCUUGACUAUGCAGAAAAUGUACUCCCCGGAUAAGAAAGUCAUGUUGCUCUUGAAAAUCUGCAAACUCAUUUAUACGUGCAUGGAAAAUAACUCAGGGAGGAUGUAUGGGGCGGAUGACUUUUUGCCAGUACUGACUUACGUCAUUGCCCAGUGUGACAUGCUGGAGAUAGACACUGAAAUUGAAUACAUGAUGGAGCUAUUGGAUCCAGUUCUGCUGCAUGGAGAAGGAGGUUACUACUUGACAAGUGCGUAUGGGGCCCUUUCCUUGAUAAAGAACUUUCGUGAAGAGCAAGCUUCCCGAUUACUCAAUUCCGAGACGAGAGACACCCUAAAACAAUGGCAUAAGCGGAGAACAACUAACAGGACCAUCCCAUCUAUUGAUGACUUCCAGAAUUAUCUAAGAGUUGCCCUGCAGGAAGUCGAUACUGGAUGCACAGGCAAAACUUUAAUAGUGAAGCCCUAUACCACCACCGAAGAUGUCUGCCAGAUGUGUGCACAGAGAUUUAAAGUGCAAGAUCCCGAAAGUUACGGUCUCUUCCUUUUCAUCGAUGACACCUGGCAGCAGUUGAGCGAGGACACAUUCCCUCAGAAAAUCAAAGCAGAGCUUCACAGUCGCCCUAAUCUUCAGGUCUUCCAUUUUGUAUAUAAGCGCAUCAAUUGUGAUUUUCAGGGUAUUAUCAGUUAUGGUAAUGACAAUGAAUGUGACGACAUGUAGAAAACGAACUCUCACUGUAAAAGGCUGAUAUUGCACUUGAAAUGGCUGGCUGCCAACAGCAAACAAGACUGUCAAGAUGGAGGUCUUGCUGUAAUGGGCAUUCUGUAUGCAAUUUAAACACUCGCGCCAGUUAGAAGAUGGAUACAAGGAUCUUAACUGGGCUAGAUUGCGACUUUCGGGCCCUAGCAACAGCCAUGUCUGUGGACUACGCUAGAAGGUUAUGAACAUUCCCUGGAGUGUUUAAUGUGUAAAUUAAGAACUAGAAAUCAAUACCAACAAGUGAGAUAUUGCUCAAUCCUUGUGGGGUUAGCUACUGUAUCUUGGACGGACAGUGCUGGCUUGGAAGGGGCUCAAAAACAAAUUUUAUGUGCCUAUGUAUUUUAUUAUAAACGGGUUCUUUUAUUCAAGGAGUACCAUGGAUAUGGGGAUAAAUCUCCUUGUUUAUGGCAUUUCUUGGCACUAACACUUUGCAUUUUCAUCCAACACCAAUCACAACACGAAAGCCUAAAAACUUGGCAAUCCUUCUCAACUGAUUUAUUGUACUGUUAGUUUGUUUUACGCUUCACGAAAGAAAAUACAUACAUUGUGUACUUUG